AGGUGGAUUUCUGGAAGCCUGACAGUCCUGACCUUGUGACCAUUGGCAUGAAUGUUGAUCUUCAUGUUCCUGCAGCCCAGCUUGACAUGGUCUUCACCAUUUUACAACAGAGUGGCAUGGAAGUUAAGGUCAUGUUUGAAAAUCUUCAGGAGGCUGUUGAGGCUCAGAUGGACAACGAGAGGGCGACAAAGGCCCAUGACUACACAAAGUACAACAACUGGGCGACGAUUAAUGAUUGGGUAGUCUCCAUCAGCUCUGCCAAUGCUGACCUGAUCAGCAGGCAGGAGAUCGGUAACACUUAUGAGGGACGUCCCAUGCACCUUCUGACGAUUGGGAAGAAAACAGGCUCUGCUAAGCCAGCUGUCUUCAUGGACUGUGGCUUUCAUGCGAGAGAAUGGAUCACCCAUGCUUUCUGUCAGUGGUUUAUAAAUGAGGCUGUGUCCACCUAUGGCAGUGACCCUGAGAUGACCAACCUUCUGGAUAGAAUGGACUUCUUUGUUUUGCCUGUCUUCAACAUUGAUGGCUAUGAAUACACCUGGACCAAUGACAGGAUGUGGAGAAAGACCCGAUCCAGGAACAGUGGUAGCAGCUGUAUCGGUACCGACCCCAACAGAAACUUUGAUGCUGGAUGGUGCACCGUCGGAGCUUCCAGCAACCCUUGCAGUGAAACCUACUGUGGAAGCAGCAUAGAAUCUGAGAUUGAGUCCAAGAAUUUGGCCAACUUCAUCCGCUCCAACAAGUCCAUCAUCAAGGCCUACCUGACUGUCCACUCAUAUUCCCAGCUGCUCCUUUUCCCCUAUUCCUACAAAUAUGAUCUGGCUGCUGAUCACUCAGAGCUGCUGAGUGUGUCUCAGGGAGCUAUUGCAGCUCUGAGCUCCCUGUACGGAACCAGAUACACUAGCGGCCCUGGUGCUACAACCAUCUACCUUGCUGCUGGUGGCUCUGACGACUGGGCUUAUGACCUGGGCGUGAAGUACUCCUACACCUUUGAGCUGCGCGACGAAGGUCGUUAUGGUUUCCUGCUGCCUGAGUCUCAGAUCAAGCCCACUUGUGAGGAGACCAUGCUGGCUGUCAAAUACAUCGCUAGCCACGUGCUCAACAACCUGUACUGAGAGGGAACCGUCUGAAAAAGCUUGGCUGUGGCUGUGGCUGUGGCGAAAUACCAUGAUCAGUAAAGCAAUAAAACACA